AUGUCUACCACCGACUCAGCCAAUCUUCUUCCGCUUGUCGACCUCAUCACGAAUGCCGUCAAAGUCGUCAUCGAUGAGUAUGCAGCCAUCAACCAGCCAGUCCCAUCACUGGAUUCGAAUAUUCCCGGUCCUUUCGACACCCCAGAGUCCACACCACCCCAACUGAGUAAAGCGAUCCAAAUUAUUGAGGCUGCAUGCGCUCAGCUGAGCUUCACUGUCGCAAGUCCUGGCCACGUUAUGACCAACAAAGCUUACGCGCUCGAGGAGUCUGCGUGCCUUCAAGUCAUCACGGAGGCCAAGGUAUCAGACCUCCUCCUCGAUAAGCCCGAGGGCCUUCAUAUCGAUGUGCUCGCCAACCGGUCAAAUCUGGAUGCCGGGAAGCUUGGCCGCAUCUUGCGCAUGCUCGCGACAAAGCACUGUUUCAAUGAAGUCCAACCAAACGUCUUCGCCAAUAACCGGUUGAGCAUGAAGUUGGUCUCCACCGACCCCGUCUCUAGUUUGGUAGGACAUGUGACGGGUGGGUGUAUGAAGGCGUCGUCUUUCCUCGCUGAUGCCCUUAUGGAUCCUAUCUCUGGGAGCUCCAUGCUCCCCGCCGAUGCACCGUUCCGCUACGCGCAUGGUUUGCCGCUAAGUUUCCAAGAGCGUCUCAACAAGGCAAUGAUUGGAUGGGGCGUUGUCACUGGUCGGGCCAUGCUUCCCAAAGUCUACCCAUGGCAGUCUUUGCCUUCCGGAACUACUAUAUGCGACGUCGGAGGAGGCAACGGACAUGCUAUGCUGAACCUUCUGAAGGCCUUCCCUCACCUGCGUGUCGUUGUUCAAGAUCUUAAAGCUGCGGUUGAAGACGGACAAGAGCUGUGGUCUAACGAGUAUCCGGAGGCUUUGGAAAAUAAGCUUGUCACAUUCAAGGCGUUCGAUUUCUUCAAGGAUACUCCUGCAGAAGGAUGUGACUUCUACUAUAUCCGUCAUGUUCUCCAUGACUGGAUGAAGGACGAGUGUCUUACGAUAUUGAGAAAUAUUCGCACGUCGGCCAAGCCAAGCAGUAGACUCCUCAUCCACGAGUUCGUUUUGCAACAUGCCGUUCGUAACAGGUCCAAUCAGUCUCGGGUCUCAGAGGCUCCAGAGCCACUUCUUCCAAACUUCGGGAUGGGCCGUGUGCGUCUGUACCAACAGGACAUCAGUAUGAUGUCAAACCACAACAGCAAGGAGCGAACUCUUCCAGAGUUCGUCGAGAUGGGUGAAGAGGCGGGUUUCAAGUUUGUAAAGCUAUGGGAUGGAGGAGAAGCCAGUCUCGUAGAGUUCACUGCGGCGUGAGACAUAUUCGAUCUACCGUUAGCGUGAAACUUUGAUGUGUGAACGGUAGCCACUGUCUCAACGUACAGUGGUAGGACUCGAUAGUG